AUGCCUGAUUUUCAACAUGCAGCAGAUGAUAAAAUAUGUCUAUACCGCUACGAUUCCGGCGUUCUCCAGCUGAACGUGGAACGCCUAGGGCAGAACUCCAGCAGCAGAGCGCCCUGGGCUGUUCUGACCACCGAAUCGACCGGCAGUAGAGAAAAUACUCAACAACACUUGACACUUAUUAGGAGUCAAAUUACCUGUGCUGUACACCCUACGUUGUCCGGAAAUGCGGGGCUCCCGUGGACGUUGACCCGAUUACGACUGGAGGGCAGCAGCUCCGCAGAACUCGAGAUAUCAUGGGGUGCGUACGACGCGAUUAUUACGCUCAUACAAACGCAUUUCCGCUACUGCAAGGAUAUCAUGCUUGUGCUGUGGGCCGAUCCCAAUAUAAGCUUCUCUAAGCGCGACGCAGAGCAAGAACGCGAUGCUAUGGUGGCUCGGCUUGAGAAGGUGCUUUGCCGGGCGGACGAGCUCUAUCGCACUCUUGCGCAGCAGGGGUGUGAGUUUUCGAUCUUUCCAUCUCCCAGACCGUUCGAGUUGUGUCUGGCCCGAGCCAAGGAGACUGGUGGGGUAUUUGAAGAGGGUGACUGGGAUCGAAACCGGGGUGCGGAGUCCCGUGUCUGGCGCAGUGUUGAACCAGAGGCUUUGAAGAAUGCGUCAUCAAGCAGCACAGGCAUGGAUGGGACACCAGGCUAUUGGAUUCGAACAAGCUUUUUCGAUUGGUUUGAAAGGAAGGAUAUGCAGUUUGUUUGA